AUGGAGCACCCACAUGUCGCUCUUCCCGGUUCAUGUUUUGACACGGGACCAUUUAAAAAACUUGCACCAGGAACACUGACUGACCGACCCAUCUGCUCCGCCCCUCUCCUUUCUCCCGCUCCUCCCUCGCAGGGCAUUCAGCCGUUCAACCGCCCUCCAGCCGACCAUCGCACAUGGGCUACGCUUGUGUGCCUUCCCCUCUGCCAUGCUCUCAUCUCUCCCUCCCUUCUGUCCCCCUCUGCGGCUACCCUCUCGCAGGGCAUUCAGCCGUUCAACCGCCCUCCAGCCGACCAUCGCACAUGGGCUACGCUUGUGUGCCGUCGCGUGCACAACACGUGGCCGCAGGGAUUUGCCCUCUCUAGUCCUAUCAGGGGUAAGUGCCUUCUCUUUCGCUUAGUACGCACCCUGUGCAAUUCUUGCUCCCGCCCCUUUUGCUCCUCCGCUCCUUAUGCUCUUCUUAUGCUCUUCUUUUUCUCCUGCGCCCGCCUCUUCCCCCCGCCUCUUCCCCCCGCCUCUCCCCCCAUGCGUCUGCUUCUCCCCACCGCCUCUCCCCCCAUGUGCCCCCUUCUCCCCCCCGUGUUUCCCUCCAUGCGCCCACAUCUCCCUUUCCGCCCUCCCCCCGCGCCUCUUCCCCGCACAUGCCCUAACCUCCCACCAGGGCUGAGGCGGAGCUCUAUGCGUCCCUCCCUCCGCCUGACCGCGGCUGAGGCGGAGCUCUACGCGUCUCUCCCCCCCCCUGACCGCGUGCGCAUCUUGAAAGCCCUCUGCGAGAUUCGGCUGGAUAGGAAGGAACGUGCAGUAGAGGAACGUGCAGUAGAGGAACGUGCAGUAGAGGAACGUGCAGUAGAGGAACGUGCAGUAGAGGAACGUGCAGUAGAGGAACGUGCAGUAGAGGAACGUGCAGUAGAGGAACGUGCAGUAGAGGAACGUGCAGUAGAGGAACGUGCAGUAGAGGAACGUGCAGUAGAGGAACGUGCAGUAGAGGAACGUGCAGUAGAGGAACGUGCAGUAGAGGAACGUGCAGUAGAGGAACGUGCAGUAGAGGAACGUGCAGUAGAGGAACGUGCAGUAGAGGAACGUGCAGUAGAGGAACGUGCAGUAGAGGAACGUGCAGUAGAGGAACGUGCAGUAGAGGAAACGUGCAGUAGAGGAACGUGCAUAGAGGAACGUGCAGUAGAGGAACGUGCAGUAGAGGAACGUGCAGUAGAGGAACGUGCAGUAGAGGAACGUGCAGUAGAGGAACGUGCAGUAGAGGAACGUGCAGUAGAGGAACGUGCAGUAGAGGAACGUGCAGUAGAGGAACGUGCAGUAGAGAAACGUGCAGUAGAGGAACGUGCAGUAGAGGAACGUGCAGAAGAGGAACGUGCAGUAGAGGAACGUGCAGUAGAGGAACGUGCAGUAGAGGAACGUGCAGUAGAGGAACGUGCAGUAGAGGAACGUGCAGUAAAGGAACGUGCAGUAGAGGAACGUGCAGUAGAGGAACGUGCAGUAGAGGAACGUGCAGUAGAGGAACGUGCACAAGAGGACACGCGCAUUGUGGUAGAGGCGGCCAUGAAGAGGAAUCCCGAGGAGAUCCGCAUGGAGCCGUUUGGGGUAGAUGCCAACAACCACGUGUUCUGGUUUUGCAACGACUCAGUGCUGGGCCAUCGGCUGUUCAAAGAGGGCCCACCUGUUUUCAUCACACAAGAGGAGGCUGACGCCGCUGCCGCUGCCGCUGCUGCUGACUCUUCUUUUUCUUGUGCCCAACUCCCAUCCCAUUCUGCUUUUCCCUCUCCCCAUCAACUCCCUGCCGCCAGGUUCUGCAACGACUCAGUGCUGGGCCAUCGCCUGUUCAAAGAGGGCCCUCCUGUUUUCAUCACACAAGAGGAGGCUGACGCUGCCGCUGCCGCUGCUGAAGCUGCCGCAGCCGCUGCUGCUGCUGCUGCUGAAGCUGAAGCGGCUGCUGCUGCUUCUGCUGCUGCUGUUGCUGCUAACACGGCUGAGUCGCAAGGUGAUAGGGAUUCGGUGAGCGGCCUAGCUGCUAUCGGUGGCUUGAAGGCUUUAGUGAGGGUGAAGGCAGAAGAACAGGAGGAGGGGGGAGUGAAGGGGAGAGGAGGAGAGGAAAGUGGGGUGGAAGCAAAGGAGGGAGGGGUGAAAGCGGAGGAGGAUGGGGAGGGAGUGGGGAGAGGAGAAGAGGAUAAGGUGUUUGUGAGGAGAGGGGCUGGAGCGAAGGAGAAUGAGAGGGUUUACAGGAGGCGAGGUGGCAGGGAGGCGGGUAGGAAGGAUUGUGAGGGCAGGGAGGGGGGCAAGGGGGAGGUGAAAGGGGAAGAAGAGAGCAAUAGAGGUGGCGUUGGUGAGGGUGAGGAGCGUGGAAGGAACGAGGGGGAAGAAGAGGAGGUGAAGGAAGAGGAGGAGGUGAAGGAGGAAGAGGAGGAGAAGGAGGAGGAAGAGGAGAAGGAUGCUGCUGUGAUUGACUUAACCGACGCAGAUCCAUGCAUCCCUGCUCAACACGACUCAGUUACUCUUCCUCAAGAAACCUCAGUCACCGCCGCUGCAAAAGAAGGCUCGGCCGUCGCUGCUAAAAAGGUUUCUGUUGCCGCUGCUGCUAAGGCAGAUUCGAGUUCCCGUCCCACUCGCCAUGGCAUGAGCACGAGAACCAGGUCGGGCAGUCUCCGCCCUCCUCCCGCCUCCAAACCUGCGCCCAAGCCUGCUUCCAAGCCUGCUGCCAAGGGUUGCAGCAAGAAGGGGAGAGCAGCCGAUGCUGCAGCUGCUGCUGCUGCUGCUGCUGGAGGGGAGGGGAGGAGGAAGGCAAAGAAGAAGGCAAGGCCGGUGUUCCUGCCACCUGUGUGUGGCGAGUUCGCCACGGCUGCUGUCUGCCUCACAGAUUUUACAGCUCUCGCGGUGAGUCACUUGAUUAUGAGGAGCUCCUUUCUUAGGAGGAAGGCAAAGAAGAAGGCAAGGCCGGUGUUCCUGCCGCCUUCGUGUGGCGAGUUUGCCACUGCUGCUGUGUGUCUCACAGACUUCACUGCUCUCGCGGUGAGUCACUUUGCUCUGCGGAACUUCUUUUCUGGGUGCCUCACGAAAGGUCCUGCCGGCCGUUUUUCUGCUGCCUGCGUGUG